AGUUAAUCCCUUUAACCUUUGACCUAUGACCCUUUGAUCAACAACAACCACAGGGAUUUUACCAUCGUGACUCGUGUACAUGCGGAUUGUACCGGCUUGAAUACAUUGGUUGCACAUAAUGGCAGACAUACCGGAGAAGAGUGUCCUCUCCAUUCAGAGCACCGUCGUGUUUGGAUAUGUCGGGAAUAAGAGUGCAACGUUUCCUCUGCAGGUGUUGGGGUUUGACGUCAGCACGGUAAAUUCAGUCCAGUUUUCCAAUCAUACAGGGUACAAAUGUUUUAAGGGGCAGGUGCUGAAUAGUGAUGACUUAGCAUGCUUGUAUGAUGGUUUGAAAGAAAACAAAAUCAGUGCAUUCUCUCAUAUACUUACAGGGUACAUAGGAUCCAAGUCAUUCUUAGAAAAAGUUGCAGAUAUUGUGUUGGAUUUGAAGAAAAGUAACCCCUCGUUAUUGUACGUCUGUGAUCCUGUCAUGGGAGAUAAUGGUAAAAUGACUGAGUCAUGCAGUAUGUGCCAUGCUUCAGUGCCCAAUAGUUAUGUCCCAGAAGAGCUACUACCAGUUUAUAUGGAGAAAAUAUUACCUAUAGCAGACAUAGUGACACCCAACCAGUUUGAAACCGAAAAGUUGACAGGAAUGAAAAUUAACAGUGUGGAGGAUGCCAUUAAAGCAAUGGAGAUUUUACAUAACAAAGGGCCAAAAACCGUGGUCAUCAGCAGCAGUGAGUUUGCAGCAGAUGGCGCCAUCACCAGUCUGGCCAGUACUGUCAUCAAUGGUCGUAAAGAAGUGUAUAAAGUACAGUUUGAAAAGAUUCCAGCCAUAUUUGUUGGAACUGGAGACUUGUUUGCCGCCUGCCUGCUUGCAUGGUUGGAAAAAGACAAGAACCUGAAGGUGGCAUUUGAAAAAACCAUAUCAACACUACAGUGUGUGAUCAAGCGAACCUUAGACAGGGCCAGAGUUCUUACCGGUGAUGGCAACAACCCCACCCCAGCUCAAAUGGAGCUACGAUUAGUGCAGAGUAAAGCAGAGAUCGAGAAUCCUCCUCACAGCUAUACGGCUGCUGUGUUAUAACACAGGGGAAAUCUAGGCAAUUAGUCUUUCCCCCAAUACACGAGAGGACCAUCAGGGCAAUUAGUCACACCAUUCGAUUACACCAUUAUUUUAUAUAAUUUAUUUUUUAUGUCAUUUGCAUAAUCAGUCAACCAAUUUUUAAGCUCACCUGAACUGAGAGUUUCAUUGAGUGAGCUUUCCUGAUUCAAGACUGCAUAGCAGCUGUUUGUCUUUGCAGGUCUAACCACUUACAUGUAAUUUUUUGUAUGUUUGUUCAGAAUUAUUGUGAAAGUACAGUGAGGUAGGGAAGAUGACAAUAAAAACCACUAUUUUUAUUCAGUUUAGCAUUCCUACCGCUAAUAAAUGAAAUUAUAGUAGUAAAUUAUGAAUUUAUAAUUUAUGAUGUCACUAACAAAAGAAUAUUUUCUGCCAUUUCCUUUGUAAUGGCCAAAAAUCACUAUUUUUCUAUGCUGUUUGGCUUCAACAAGUUUAGGCUGUACAUGGACAUGUUGACCAUGAUCAGAUUAAUGUGCUAAUUUGAUGUUGAAAAUAUAUGAAACUUGUUAUAAUUUUAAAAACUGCCUGAUAAUUUGUCAUUUUUGAUAAUGUUUGAGGAAAAAGGAAAAAUCACCAACUUCUUCAAUAGUAAUCAGUUUGGAAAAAAAAAUAGAAGAAAAAAAAAAUAAAAUUCCUGUUUCAUAUCUGGACAUUUCAUCUUGGAAUUUACUGACUAAGAAAUCAAAGAAUUUUUAAGAUUUCAGGGCCAGAAAUGGCAAAUUGUUGCCCUAACCUCAACCUUCAACGUCCCCUCAAGUCAGCUUUGGUUUACAUACGAUUUUGAUAUUUGUUUUUUUUUUAAUUUUCUCCUGCACAGCAUUUUACAGUGUAUAUCCAAAUUGAAUUGAAUUAUAGUGGCAUGCAUAGAGAGCAGUUGUGUUGGUCACAAUGAAAAUACUCAUAACUUACUGAUGAACAGGAUUGUGUACAUGCUACAAUGUGAACAUUUAUGUAAAUGCUUUCAGGCAUACUCAUUUUGAAAUAAACUAAGUACAGGUAUAAAAAUGAAGAAUUUAUUUAAAGUAAAAACUGGUGAGCACAUUCAACUCUAAUGUGUAUAUUUAGCCAAACACCUACACAUGUUUCUGCUUUUAUAGUUAUUUCAUUUGAUUUGAACAUAUUUUGUCAGUGGUCUCUUCCCAGGUACAUUGUAUCUGGGUUCUCUCUUCCACCAAUAAAAACUGGGUGCCACCAUAUAACUGAAAAAAUUGUUGGGUGUGGGGGAAAACAUCAAUCAAUCAAUCAAUCAAUCAAUCAUUGUAUGACGAGGUCUUCACUCUGUUCAGUAUUCUACACAAUGGCACUGUUGUUGAAAUCAAGAUCGGUCUAAUUAAGGCUAUACUUUAAAUGUUGCACAAACAAGUUUUUAUUAUGCAGAACCUUGCAAUAUUGAUUGUUCAAUUUCACAUGAAAUAUGACUUUAUAACCGACCUUCAUAUGUCACUAUCAAAUAGCAUCCAUUUAUAUUGUUAGGUUUAGUGAAGGGCAUUAAUGAUUUUUCAUAAUUUUGAUAUUUAGAUUUCCAAAGUUUUUGUAUCUCUACAAACUGAAAUGAUGGCCAUUUUCCCAUGAGUGUAAUGAAUAUGAGAACAAUGCACAAAUGAAUCUUGAUGAGUAUAGUACAUAUAAUUUCAUCGAUUGGAAUUCCAACAGAAAAGAAAGCAGAAUGAAAAUAUAUGAAAUUAAUUUUUCAAUUUUGAAAAUACUUGAGGGUAUGAACUGCAACGCUUCAUGCCUGGCAUGCAUAACAACAUAUUGCUUAUAGAAAACUUGCUAGCUGCCUUUGUGUGAUGGUACAAAGCAGAUCUUAGCAGAAUUUUUACAAAUUUUUGCAUUCCUAAUGUACAUUGCAUUUUGAGUGACACAUUGUAAAGUACAUGAAAAAAUUCAUUCACUUUGCAAAUGUUUUUUUUUUUUAAAAAUUGAAAAUAGAAAAAAAAAAUUCCAAUGAAUUAUUGAUGUGAGUGUGGGUGGACAAACAUCUAGAAACUAACUGAAGUUCUGGAACGAAGUGUCACACUGUGCCAUUAUAUAUUAGAACAAGGAUAAAAGUGAAAUAAAUGCAUGUAACUGAAAAUUAUUAAAAUAUGUAUUUGAAUAAGAAAAACCAAGCAAAAUCUUAUACUGUAAAAUACUAUAAAACAGUACUGCUUGUUAUCCCCUCGUAAUUCAUUGCGAGAGGGGACAUACAUGUAGUAAGGGCCCUGUUCAUAUGUGGCUGUAAUACUGAAUUUGUAGCCACUCUACAGGCCAUAUUUUAUGCUUGAUUGAUUUGAUUAUUCAUGUGUAGCUUUGUUAUCAAAAGAGGAAGAACCAUAUUGAUUUUGGGGUCAAAAGUUCAAGAUCACAAUAUGAGGGACUCCCUACAAAAAGUUUAUAGACACUCAUUGUGAGGGGAUAUGUCCCACCUCACCGAGCUUUUGUUAUUGUAUGUUUUUAUAGUUCAUGACUAUGAAUUGCAUAAAAAUUAAGAAUGAAAUUUUGUUCAUUAAAAGAAAUCGCAUUUAAUAGCAACUUGAAAUGUUUCAUAUAAAUCCACCGUUGCUGGUAAAAUUUUGAAAAGAUCUAAUUCUGUUAUGGUGUUAAAGUGAUGAGAAUUCUGUUGCACAUCCAUGUAAUAUUUCAACACAUCCAAUUUCUUCUCAGUGAGAUCUAUAUUUCUGUUGUGUGUGUGUAUACAGAGUACACUGAACAAAGUGUAGUUAAAUGUACCAGACUUAGAUUUUGUAUAGCGUUAAUAUGAAUACCGGGUACUAUUUACAUGUGUUCAUAUCAUAUGAAAUAAAUUAUGAGGUAUUUGUUUGAUUGUAUUACAUGUACAAAAUCACGGCAUGAUAGGCAAUGCAAAUUCUUUUCAACGGGUAAAAAAAAAAUUAGAAUCCGGAUACCGAUUCCUAAGUUUACAUGAUAGAUACUAAGUGCACAUGUAGCAUGGAUUAACGAGAUAUAGGGGUAUUCAGUUUUAACAAGCAUACAGAUUUUUUUAAAAAGUACACUGUAAUAACCUACAUUAUGUAUCACUGACGGAUUUGUAAUUACACCAAAAUCAAAAUGGUUCACUGUCCAACACACCGUUUUGAACUAUGAGUAGGUUGAUAGGCUUGAACAGUAUGGCGAUUUUUGGUGAAGUGUUUUUUAGCUCACCUGAACCGUCUGUCUGUCCGUAAACUUUUCACAAUUUCGACUUCUUCUCCAGAACCACUGGGCCAAUUUCAACCUAACUUGGCCAAAAGCAUACUUGGGUGAAGGGCUUUCAAGUUUGUUCAAAUGAAGGGCCAUGUCCCUUUCAAAGGGGAGAUAAUCACAAAAAUGCAAAAAUAGGGUGGGGUCAUUUAAAAAUCUUCUUCUCAAGAACCACUGGGCCAGAAGAGCUGAAAUUUACCUGAAAGCUUCCUGACAUAUUGCAGAUUCAAGUUUGUUCAAAUCAUGGCCCCCGGUGGUAGGAUGGGGCCACAAGGGGGGAUCAAAGUUUUACAUACAAAUAUAUAGGGAAAAACUUUAAAAAUCUUCUCAACAAAAACCACUAAGCCAGAAAAGCUAAGAUUUACAUGAAAGCUUCCUGACAUAAUGCAGAUUCAGGUUUGUUCAAAUCAUGGGCCCCUGGGGUUGGAUGGGGCCACAAUAGGGGAUCAAAGUUUUACAUACAAAUAUAUAGGAAAAAUCUUUAAAAAUCUUCUUCUCAAGAACCACUGCGCCAGAAAAGCUGAUUUUUACAUGAAAACUUUCUGACAUAGUGCAGAUUCAAGUUUGUUCAAAUCAUGGCCCCCGGGGAUAAGAUGGGGCCCCAAGGGGUGGAUAAAAGUUUUACACACAAAUAUAUAGGGAAAAACUUUAAAAAUCUUCUUCUCAAGAACCACUAAGCCAGAAAAGCUGAGAUUUACAUGAAAGCUUCCUGACAUAAUGCAGAUUCAAGUUUGUUCAAAUCAUGGGCCCCGGGGGUUGGAUGGGGCCACAAUAGGGGAUCAAAGUUUUACAUACAAAUAUUUAGGAAAAAUCUUUAAAAAUCUUCUUUUCAAGAACCACUGAGUCAGAAAAGCUGAUUUUUACAUGAAAACUUCCUGACAUAGUGCAGAUUCAAGUUUGUUCAAAUCAUGGCCCCCAGGGAUAGGAUGGGGCCCCAAGGGGCAACAAAGUAUUAAAAAUCAGACUCUUUAUUUCAUGAAGAUACAUAUUUUAUUAAACUUCAUUAUAAUUUCAUUUGGACUUCACACUGGAACCUUCCACUAACAGUAAAACAUUAAAUCAUCUAACCCCACCCUCUACAACAAAAAUAUAAACAAAACCCCACCCACAGGAAAAAAAACCCAGCAAUAUACCCCACCCACGUAAUUUUUACUGGAAUACUUGUAAGCUCAUGCACAACCACUUGAUUAAAAAUAUUAAUGUCCAAGGUACCCUCUAUGUUAAGAUACAAACUUAAGGAUAAUACACUUAAAUCCAUUUAUGCUCAUUUUUUAUUUUCAAAACAAUUUCUUGUUUAUGAUUAUCAUUUCUAUUCAAAGCAUCUAUGUACUGAAUUUUGUUGAUCUCCAUUUUUCAUUCAAAUAUACUGGGUAAACUUCCAAAAAAUCAAAAAACAAAUAUUUUUUUCAGUUGUAAGCCUGUGGACUGAUCACCACUAUUUAUAUACACUUGUAAACUGAAAGGCUCACCUGUUCCAUCAGAUCACUUUACAAAAACAAUUUUGACCUACAUGUUUGUAAAUGUAGAUAAAUUUUCAAUUUUUUCUGCUCUUGUUAAUUUUGCAUCCAAAUAAAUCUAGUGAUAU